AUGGAACACUAUCAAGUUAUUGAAAUAAUUGGUAAAAAAUUAGGCUGGGAAUUGAGUAAUUUAUUUUCAUCAAAUUGGGAUCAAGAAAAAUAUUGUGAACAAUUGCAACAAUAUGCAAUAACACAUAGUAAUAAUUUAAGUGAAGAAUUAACAGUAAGACAAUUGCUAAUAUGUUCAAUUGUUGUGUUAAUUAGAAUAUUAAAUGAUCAUACAUUAUCAAUGAAAAAUGAGAGUGUAUCAUAUUGUCUUGUUAGAGCAUUUGAAGAUCCAUUGUUUAAUCAAUUAACAGAACAAAAAAAAAAAAGAAAACGUGAUGAACCAAUUGUAUUGACAAGUGAUGCUAAUUAUUCUGGUAAUGGUUUAACUCUAGCUGUAUUAUUAUGGGAUAUACAACAAUACGAACGUUGUUGUAGAUUAUUAUUGGAUGGAAUUAAAACGAAAUUGUCAAUGCCAAAUGAUAAUGGUGAUUGGAUCAUUGGUAAUGCACUGGUUUUGAUGCAAAUUGAUUGGCCACAAGAAGCACAUUUACUUACCGGUAACAUCCCAGUUUUUAGCAUGAAGCAUAGUUUGGCAAACUUUUUUAAUUAUGGUAUUGAUAUCUGGAUAUGGUGA